AUGGUAUGGAGGAUCAUGUUUGACAACUGGUAUUCAGUCAUCAUCAAUGGGGUGAGACAUGGUUUUUUUCAUUCAACAAGAGGUCUCAAGCAAGGAGAUCCAUUAUCACCUGCCUUAUUCAUUAUAGGAGCAGAAGUGUUAUCCAGAAUGCUGAAUAAUCUUAACCAACACUACCUAUAUACUGGAUUCCAUAUGGAAAGAAAGGGUCCACAAGUGAACCACUUGAGCUUUGCAGAUGAUGUGAUCAUCUUCACUGCUACAAACAACUUUUCCAUGACUCUUAUUACCAAGACUUUGAAGGUUUAUGAAACAACUUCAGGCCAGCUAAUCAACAAGGACAAGAGCCAGUUCAUGCUUCCUCUUAAUACCAAUCCUGAUAUUAUUGAUAGGAUAGGCAGGAUCACAGGCUUCAAGUGCACACAUGGUCCCAUUACUUACCUGGGCUGUCCACUUUACAUUGGACGACAGAGAAUCAUAUACUAUACAGGUAUGGUGUCCAAAGUUAUAAGCAAAAUUAGAGGCUGGCAGAAUAAAAUACUGAGCUUUGGAGGCAGAGCAACUUUGGUGAAAUCAGUGCUGCAAUCUUUACCAAUCCACUUGUUAUCUGCGAUCAGACCUACUACUACAACUAUCAAUCAGAUUAAAAGCCUCAUAGCUAACUUUUUCUGGGGGUGGGACAAAGAGAAGAAGAAAUAUCAUUGGGUAUCAUGGGAGACUCUCAGCUAUCCUGUGGAGGAAGGGGGUCAGUCUAUUAUGUGGAAGCACAUGAUGGCUAAUAAAAGUGAUAUUGAGCCGCAUAUACACUGGCACAUCAACUCUGGUACAUGCAGCUUCUGGUGGGAUGAUUGGCUGGGUAUUGGCCCCCUAGCUUAUCAUAACAACCAUCUACCUAGACUCAACAAUAGUAGAGUAUCUGAUUACAUGGAGAAUGGGGAGUGGAAUGUGCAAAAAAUCAGAAAAUACGCCCCUCCUCAACUGGUGCAGCAGAUACUAAGUACUGAGGUAGACCAUCAUUCUAACACAGCUGAUCAAGCUUGCUGGAAGUUGACUUCACAUGGUAACUUCACUUCUAAAUCAGCUUGGGAAAUAGUUAGGAAGAAAAGAGCCAAGACCCUAAUUGAUAGAUGCACUUGGCACGCUAACAUUCCCUUCAAAGUAUCUUUCUUACUAUGGAGAGCUGUGAGACAGAAACUCCCUACUAAUGAUAAAAUUGUCCAGUUUGGAGCAGCACCAGCACUCAUGGGGAAUAAUUCAAGGGACCUGCUCACUGAGAAGCAUACUGAUGAAGUGGUGGAAUGCCAAGUCCAGUAUCAUGCAACUUUGAGCCAUGGGGUGGUAUUGCAGCAGCUGAGCAACAACACAUGGAGCAACUAUAGUACAUCAACAGCAGGUGGAGGCUCAUUCAACUCUAGGAGUUCCCUUCUUGUUGGUUUUAAUUUUACAGGAACAAUGUUUAAGGACCAACAAUCCACCAUAGACCUGCAUCAACUCAACAACAUCAAUUGCAAAAGCUCCAAUACAUCAGCAGAAGUGAAUGUCACUAAUCAUCAUCAGCAGCAACCUAACAUCAACAACAUAAGUCAGAGGAAACCACCAACACUAAACAAAUACAUCAUGCAAUACCAAGAGAACCCCAAAUUGGUCAAGAUUACAACAAAUACACCUCCUGCUUGGUUCUAUGCAUUUGCAGAUAGCUGGAGGUUCAAUACACAAUUGAAAUCUCCAAGAACAAGGUCUACAGCAGGGCAUGCUAGGACCUCUCUUCAGCCCCCCAUUCAAGCCAACUUCUUCCCUGCAACACCUGUAACUAAGCUACAGCAGAGAAUGAAGUGCAGGGUACAACAACUGAUGGGAAACCCUGGCAGAUGA